AUGGUCAGUGAGGACAGGGGUCCAGCCUGUAGUAAUUACUGUACAACUGGAGACAGAGGUGGCCAGUGCAGGGCUGUGAACAACUCCGUGACUUCCCCUUCCACCUGCAGGGCUGUGAACAACUCCCUGACUUCCCUCUCCAGCUGCAGGGCUGUAAACAACUCCCUGACUUCCCCCUCCAGCUGCAGGGCUGUGAACAACUCCCUAACUUCCCCCUCAAGCUGGAGGGCUGUGAACAACUCCCUGAGUUCCCCCGCCAGCUGCAGGGCUGUGAACAACUACCUGACUUCCCCCUCCAGCUGCAGGGCUGUGAACAACUCCCUGACUUCCUUUAGCUGCAGGGCUGUGAACAACUCCCUGACCUCCUCCUCCAGCAGCAGGGCUGCGAACAACUCCCUGACAUCCCCCUCCAGCUGCAGGGCUGUGAACAACUACCUGACCUCCUCCUCCAGCUGCAGGGCUGUGAAGAACUACCUGACUUCCCCCUCAAGCUGCAGGGCUGUGAACAACUCCCUAACUUCCCCCUCCAGCAGCAGGGCUGUGAACAACUCCCUGACCUCCUCCUCCAGCAGCAGGGCUGCGAACAACUCCCUGACAUCCCCCUCAAGCUGCAGGGCUGUGAACAACUCCCUGACAUCCCCCUCUAGCUGCAGGGCUGUGAACAACUCCCUGACUUCCCCCUCAAGCUGCAGGGCUGUGAACAACUCCCUAACUUCCCCCUCCAGCUGCAGGGUUGUGAACAACUCCGUGACUUCCUCCUCCAGCUGCAGGGCUGUGAACAACUCCCUAACUUCCCCCACCCAGCUGCAGGGUUGUGAACAACUCCUUGACUUCCCCCUCCAGCUGCAGGGCUGUGAACAACUCCCUAACUUCCCCCUCCAGCUGCAGGGCUGUGAACAACUCCCUGACUUCCCCCUCCAGCUGCAGGGCUGUGAACAACUCCCUGACUUCCCCCUCCAGCUGCAGGGCUGUGAACAACUCCCUAACUUCCCCCUCCAGCUGCAGGGCUGUGAACAACUCCCUGACUUCCCCCUCCAGCUGCAGGGCUGUGAACCACUCCCUGACUUCCCCCUCCAGCUGCAGGGCUGUGAACAACUACCUGACUUCCUUCAGCUGCAGGGCUGUGAACAACUCGUCGGUGGGUCCAAAUGA